AUGCAUGUAUCAGUUUUCAUUCUGUCCUUGGUGGUUAUGGUGCAGCAAUCUCUGGAACAGGGUAAAUUGAGUAAGAUUUCUGCAACAAAACAGAAGGAAAUUCUUGAUAAACACAAUACCAUCAGAAGAAAUGUUCAGCCAACUGCCAGCAAUAUGAUGAAAAUGACAUGGAGUGAGAAGGCCAGUGAGAGUGCUCAGAAAUGGGCUGCAAAAUGUCUACCAAAAGUCAGUCCCAGGGAGGAGCGAACUGUGGGUGGUACUGUCUGUGGUGAGAAUGUAUUGCAAUCAACAUCUUCCUACCCUUGGUCAGAUGUAAUCCAAGUAUGGGAAAAUAAAGUAUCCAACUUCCAGUAUGGUCUUGGAGCAAUUGACCCUAAGAAAGAUAUAUAUAGUUAUACUCAGCUCAUUUGGCAUAAUACACAUCAGAUUGGAUGCGGACUUGCCUACUGUGACUCAAAUAACCCUGCCACGUUCCUCUAUGUCUGCCAGUACUGCCCUGUGGGGAAUUUGGUAAAACAAAUUGACAUGCCAUACAUAGAAGGCCCACCGUGUGGAGACUGUCCUAGUGACUGCGAGGAUAAACUUUGCACCAACCCAUGCCUAUAUGUGGAUAAGAAAGGAGACUGUGAAGCUCUUAUUGACUUGUUCUCAUGUGAUGUGCCAGAAUUUGCAGAACAGUGUGAAGCCACCUGUAAAUGCAAGACAGAAGGGAUGUAG